CAAAGACGAGAAAAUAUACUUUUCGUAUUCACCCGUUGCUGGUUCGUGACAAAUUAAUGAUCAUUCAACUUCUAGUAGUAACGUGUAAUUCUUUCAGAAUAUGAGCAACAUCAAUAUUCUUCCAAUUGAGGUUCUAACACGAGUCUUCGAUUACCUCGAUUUGUAUGAGAGAAAAUGUGCCUCGGCCACGUGUAAACGGUGGAAUAGUAUAUUGCACUGUGCACGAUUCCAACGCCAGUGUCGGUUGGCACUCACGCACAUAUUUCACGACGAACUCACUCAGCUGGAAAAGGCUGUCGUUAAGAAAUGUUACCAUCUUCGAGUUGUUCACUAUGACGACUGUGAAGAUUCGGACGACGAGGACUACGAUGAAGAUACACAGCGAGAAAGCGAAAAGCUGUUUUCGAUUAAGUACUUGUUCCAAAAAACUCCUGUGCAAAAUUUAUCAGAUUUGUUGUUCGGGUUGGGGUUAAAUCUAGAGAGCUUAAUUCUGGAAGUCAGAUAUGAAAAUUGUCGUGAAAUAAUCGGAGACUGUUUAGGUGACAUUAAAAAUCUUAAAGAGUUAGUUUUGCUGUUCAAAUCUGGCGGUAAUCGGACGCCAGAGCUAGGAUUAUGGAAGAUACGUCAUGAUAAAAUUGAAAGUUUGAAAGUGGAAAUGCCUUCUGACAGUAAACCUCUCUCGUUCAUAGUACCGAGCGUGACAAGUUUGGAAUUGGUGAACCAUUGUCGAUGGAGUUCUGAUACGGUUAACUUGUAUAGCAGGCAGUUGCUGUGCCUGAAGGUGAGAUUACGGAAUAUAGCAGAGCUAGAUAUUUUGAUGCCGCGUAUCUUUCCAAAUUUGACGAAUCUUGAAGUUAGAAAUCCUUUUGAAAUGAGCGAGCAGUUCGCUUCUAUACGUGUCCCAUUGGAUGAAGAAGAGGAGCAACGCUUCAUAAUGGGCAUGCCGAGACUAAAGAGGCUAUUAUUGGAGGGCAAGUUUACUUUACUUCGUAUGGUAACGUCACUCGCAAGAUGUGCUAAUACGCUAGAAGAACUGGUUCUGGAAGAUCAGCAAAUAGAAUAUGAGCUGUUGAAAACUGUGGAGAAACUACCGAAACUGAAGAGUCUCACCAUUUCAGAGUGCAAAGUUCUUAUGGUAUCAGAUAUGCUGCCUACGCUACAAAUGCCACAACUGGAACAUUUCAAACUCCUCAGCUAUAAAUCGGAUAUAAUAUUCGACAAGGGACUUUCUGCAGUGAAAUCGCUUGAGCUUACGCUGUGGGCAGAUAAAAACUACAAAAUAUUGCACAAAGUUUGUGAAAACUUGCCAUGUUUAGAGCGGUUAAAAUUAUUGCUUUACGUUAAGUUGUCAAACACAGCGCUGCGACAUGUGGAUAAGUUGGAAAAACUCAAAUCUUUAGAGUUCCGUCACGCUGGACCGAGCCUUCUAGCCUGGAAACACUGUCCCGUACUGGUGCCUCUUCAAAAGCUAGCAUUCCGCGACUGCACAAUGGAUCAACCAACACUGCUUUCAACAAUCAAACCAUUUCCCGCUCUCUGCGAGUUGUAUUUUGAUAAAUGCAUUAUCUUGUACUGUAGUGUUACUGCGAGGCAUGCAGUACACGAUUAUGUUAACGCCGACGAUGUUCGUCUCGAGCGCAGUCAGGAUAUCAUAACCAGCAAUGCAUUCAGUAAAACAACUCCGGUAGCGGUAGAUGAUUUCAACAGUAAGGGCAAAAUCAUAUCAAAUGGCAUUUACAGUAUCGCUGUAUAA